UACUGUUUAUCCGCUGGAUGGUGCUGUUGUUUUAUACAAACAGCAGAAAGGUCCUGCACAGCUCCAACUGAGACCUCGAGUAGUGUUUUGCUUCAGCAAGAAUUAGGAAGAAGGAUGUGCACAAUCUUUUCCUCCUUAACAGGAUUCAUCAGAAAAUUGCUAUUUUGUGAUCUGCCUAUUAUUUAGCAUUCCUGGGACUGGCUAAAGUUAGCUAAUUACUAAAUAUGGGAAAACUCAUAUUUUCACUGGUUUCCACCCAGCCUCUUUCAAGUCUGAGUAAUUCUUCCUAAUCAGAACCAGAUUUUAAUAUAUAUAUAUAUAUAUAUAUAUAUAUAUUUAAAACUUUCCUCAGUUCUCCAGUCCCCAAAGGUUAUAUUUUGUUUCAUCUUCAGGAUGAAACAAAAUUUGUUGGCUCGCUCAAGUGCAGUAAGUUAGCUAAGUCAUCGGAGUAAAAGUUUGUCGUCAGAGUUUGUGGUUUUACCUCAUUGUGGGGGAAGAGAAGAUGCAUUCCUCAAACACAGCCCUUUCCUGAGGGCAAGACAUGUUUGAAUUGUUUGCCUGCCAUAGCAUCAGAUAAGAUCUGAAAUAGGUAUUUGCAACGUAUAUUACAUUUUUCUAAUAUUCUUGACUUUUUUUUUUCUUUUUAACUCCCUUAAAGAAGUAAAUGUGAUCCUUACGAAGAAGACUUUUUGAAUCAUUCCUUCUCUGUAAUUUGUCUACCUUGUUGACAGUUACAGCCCUUUAUCAGAAAGGAAGCGAAGAAUAGUAGCCCAUGUAGUGAGAGAUUAUUGUGCAACCUCUAUUGAUGUGACUCAGUUGUUGGAAUUCUGCUACUGAUAAUUGAUGGAAGUAGGAAUUACUCAAGGUGCUGGUUUUAAGGAAAUGGGAGGGUGGGAAAAGAAGUGAUGCAAGUGCUUCGUCUGUAGGAAGGGGGGAUGGCUGCUUCAGUUCAGUAAGUCUUCCUAAAAACGAUACUAAUUAAUUUUCAGUGCCUUCCAGCAUCAUAGGACUGGCUAUCAGCUUUCUCCAGUUUCCAGAUACUUUUGGAAUUGUGGUAGCAAGAAGCCUGCUGGCAGGAGAUGUUUCUGAAGACCGUUCUGUGGAAUACAGGUUGAAAACCAGUGUGUGAUCAUGCUGAUUUAGUACAGAGCAUUGUGUUUGUUAGUGCCCGUACUCCUGCAGAAGUCAUGCCUGAGCUAACUGGGAGCUGAUUUGGUGAGAUGCAUGCCCAGGUGUGACUAACCAGGGUCUAGAGAAUAGCCCCUAUAAAUGAAGGACAUCAGAAGAGAUGGUAUCUUAUUCUGAUGUUAGUGGGUCAUACGUGAAGCAGGUCCCGACUUAAGGUAAAUAACAACAUCAGAUUCAUCCCUCCAUUUCUCAUCUUACUGUAAGCUGCUUGGACUUGGUGUUAGUUCAACAGAAGGCUUGUACAGAAUCUUCUAAUUCCUCCUGUCACCCUGAAUUCCCUUUAGCUGCCAUUCCGUUUGUGUCUAGUGCCCUUUCAUGGCAGCAAGGACCAUUUGAAAAUCCAGAUUUUUCAUACUACAGGUGCAGUGUUGCAGCCCAGCAGCUAAUGGACACUACUGUGACGUUUGGAAGGAAAAAAGCACUUACUGAAAAUGUGACUGGACAGACAAAAUAGAGCUGCCCAGGGAUUUGCAGGGAGGUGGAAUGACUGACUGCCUCGGCUUGUCCCAAGAUCUGACAUUUGUCCUAAAAAUCGGAGCUGUCUUUUACAAGAUGGAGGAGUUACUGCCUCUGGAUACUUCUGAGAUGUGGUUUACGUGAGGACAGAGUGGCUGGGAGGGAGAAUCAGACGAACCUGUUGGUCUCUGAACUUUGUUUUGGCUUUUUGUUAAAUCGUCUCCUCAGCGUAUCAUCAGCCUGGAAAACUGUUGUCCGUUCCUCUUCCAUGAUCUUUGUUCUGUUUGUCUUUCCACUGCGAUAUGGAUGAGUUGCUUGGGGUGUUACCCUGUGUAUUAAUAAUAGAAAACCUGUGGAAGCUGGAUGGAGAAAAUAGAGAGCCCAGCUUUUCUCUGUAGAUUAUGCUGAAGUUUUCACACCCACGCACCGAAAUCUACUUAAAUCAACAGAGAAGUUUGACUUUUGGCAUAAGCAAGAAGACUUCUGUUUCAGGCAGCGCUGCAUGAAAAUUGCAUAAAAAGAAAACCUGGUGUCGUUGGCUCUUGGACCUGCUCUUUCACCGUGAGGAAAUGCCUCCAGGGAAGCACCCACCGCUGAAAUGUUCUGCUUGGGAUGAAGCACAGUCGGAUGCUGUGAAAUCCUGCUGACUGUGGUGUCGGUGAGCGGCUCCCUGCUCUGAGACACGCAGCCGAUCCAGGGAACUUCUGUCUGGAAACGUGGUGCUGGAGCAUGGCUGGUCGUACUCCUGCUGUAAAGCCUGUGUUUUAGUACCAACUGAAGGAAACACAGUAAGGCAGUUCAGUAUUUUCCAACGUGCCCCAGCUAUGCUACAAGUGGACACCCAGGAGCAACAAGGUUCAGACUAUUCCAGUAAUAGCGGAAUUUCAGAGGUGGGUUUGGAGAGAAACACUACAAGGCUUGAACAAGGUACAGCUGAGAGGACACCAAGUUGGGAAGAAGAGGAGCAGAAGAAAACAACGAGACCACUUCUCGGGGCGGAGGAAGCCAAGGGGAAGGUGACUGUGAAACAACCCUCUGAGGUGGAGGGAAUCAAGAGUACAACAGUGGAAACAGCCACAAGGGUGGAGGGAAACAAGGAGAAAACAGCAGUGAGACUGGCUCCAGGGGCAGAGGAAGCCAAGGAAAAGCCAACAGUGAAACCGCUUCCGAAGGUGGAGGAAGCCAAGGAGAUGACGACCGUGAAACCAGCCCCUAAGGUGGAGGAAAACAAGGAGAAAACAGUGGUGAGACAAACUCCAGGGGUAAAGGAAGGGGUAAAUGAAAAGACAACACCGAAAUCACUUCCCAGGGUAGAGGGAGCCAAAGAGAAGACAACAGUGAAACCAUCCUCUGGGGUGAAGGUAGCUCAUGAAGACAACACAACCGAAGACAAAACAAUGCCAAAAGAGCCUUCUGUGUCAGUGAAAACCAUAAGACCAGUGACUCAGGCUGCUGCAGUGACAGAAAAGAAGAGACUGAGGGCUGCUGACUUCAAGUCUGAGCCACAGUGGGAUUUCGAGGAUGAGUACCUGCUGGACAGCUCACCUCCACCAGCGACCUGCUCCGAAUCAGUGAAGGCCAAGGCUGCCAAGUCCGACUGGCUGCGAGAUCUUUUUCUGCCUAACAUCAUGCUCUUCACCGACAAAAGAUACUUCAACAACAGCGAGUGGGACCGCCUGGAGCACUUUGCACCUCCCUAUGGCUUCAUGGAGCUCAAUUACUCACUGGUGAAAGAGGUCAUGUCGUUGCUGCCCCCACAUCCCCACCAGCAGCUGCUCCUGGCCAACAGCAGCAGAAACGUGUCAACGUGCAUUAGCUGUGCUGUUGUGGGGAAUGGAGGAAUACUGAAUAACUCCGGAAUGGGCCAGGAGAUCGACUCCCAUGACUACGUGUUCCGGGUGAGUGGGGCUGUAAUCAAAGGUUACGAAAAAGAUGUGGGAACAAAAACCUCCUUUUAUGGAUUCACAGCCUACUCCCUCGUGUCCUCUCUCCAGAUCUUGGGAAACAAAGGGUUCAGCAAGAUUCCAUGGGGAAAACAUAUCAGGUACAUUCACUUUCUGGAGGGAGCUAGAGACUAUGAGUGGCUGAAGGCUCUUCUGCUGAACAAGGACAUCAGGAAAGGAUUCCUGAACCACUACGGGCAAAGGCCCCGGGAUAGAUUCGAUGAGGAUUUCACGUUGGACAAAUACCUCGUAGUUCACCCAGACUUCCUCAGAUACAUGAAAAACAGGUUUUUAAAAUCUAAAAGUCUGCAAAAACAUUACUGGCGGCUGUACAGACCCACAACGGGAGCAUUCCUGCUGCUGACUGCCCUCCACCUCUGUGACCAGGUGAGUGCCUAUGGCUACAUCACGGAAGGUCACGAGAAGUACUCGGAUCAUUACUACGACAAGGAGUGGAAACGUCUGGUCUUCUACAUUAAUCAUGACUUCAACCUGGAGAAGCAGGUGUGGAAAAAGCUUCAUGAUGAGAAUAUCAUUAAGCUCUACCAGAGAUCAUGAUUGUGUGGCAAGGGCCAUUGCCUGGGAAAUCUCAACACCACCUCAAGAAGACCUCUAGAUGAGUAAGAAGACUGCCAGAGCCAGGGUUAGCUCUGGACUUCCAGGCACAGUUUCAUCCCCACAAAGAUAUUUCCCUCCUUCGGUACCUUUAUUCUCUCACAACACUUCAAAAAAAUGUGCAAAUUCUACAGACCAGGAGAACAGCAGCAAAAAAAUGCCACCAAAGAAGUCCCAACUGACCAGGCUGCCGCUGCUGUGGGUGGUUGCAGGUGCUCUGGUGUCAGGAGGGAGGAAUCCAGGAUGAAUCCAAGUAGCAUCCAGGCUUUCCCUCUACAGGGAGAUGGUCCUCAGGCUGGGGCCGGUUUUGGUCUGGUUGGGUUCUCACUGCUAUAGUGGUGCCCCUUUUGGAGCCGGGUGCCUUGUCUAAGGAGGCUCCCUCUGCAGUGGAUGGAGGUGGACACACAGAGCUUGUUUCAGGAGGCUGACUUUUGUCCUGGAGGUGCUGCUGUCACUCCACUCGCUGUAGAGAUAAGGGAUGGACUGGACACUUGGCUUCCAGGUGGCUUAUUUGAGAGAGGAUGAGAUUCACUUCUGUGCCCCAGUGUGGCUUCGCUGUGACACCUCCAAAGGAGCACUGUGACAUCUGGGGUCCAGUUGCUGCCCUGGGCCCCGCUCAGCAGCAGCACAGGGGAAGGCAAACAAUCCCCGCAGUGCAGCAGGAUGCCAGAAGUCGUGCCUCCUGCUGUGGGGCUCCCCUGGCUGCAGAUCCUGUUUAACGGUCCCAGUGUGCCAAGCCAGUGCCUGGCUUUGGCACACGCGGCUCCUAGGUCUGCCAGGAGCACUGUGCCUGCCUCCUGCCAGGGGAGGUAAGAGCUCUGCAGCUCCGGGGAUGGAUGCUCUGCUGUUGCUGCUGGCUGGAGUGCCUGCCCGCAUCGUGCUGGGAGAGGCAUUGUCGCAGCCAGCAAGGCUUCAGAGUACUGGCCUUCUGAAUGUGGUUUUGUAAGCAAAAUAAAUGGCACUACUUUGG